UCUACUAACACUAAUUGUUCUAUAUUUCCUCCACUUUUUAGACUAUCUUUGCUUCAAAUACUUUUAUCAAAUCUUACUUUAUUAGUUUCAUCAAGUAUAAAUACUGAUACUUUAUCUUUAGAUUUACUUA